GUGCAAAACUCGAACCCCACCACAAUGGCGAAGAAAUUGAUGGUUUGUGCUUUCGUCGCAUUGGCGCUGGUUGCCGUAAUUCAGGCAAAUGAUCUUAUCCUGGGUAACAUCAACGCAGGCGAUCGUAUCCUCUAUUCCUCGGUUACAUCAGCGCUCGGCAUUCCCGGUGGCUUGGUAAGCCGCACAGUUAACUAUACUGGUGCCUACAACAUUACCGCUAUCCGUGCCUACGACCGCACGCUCAACCGUACCGGACAAGCCCAUCUUGCUGGCGGUGGUCUGUACCAGCGGUACGCCUAUCUCGGCCUAUCGACCCGUUUCGUAGGCAACCCGCUAGACUUUUUGGUGGAAAUUUACGGCAGAUAAAGACAUGUGCCUGGAGGAAAUUUCAAAUGAAAAAUAAAAUGUAUCCUACUAUAGCUGAGAGGAAUUACCUUCGAAGACAUCUGUUAUCAUGAAGCACGUGAUUCGCCCUACUCACAGUCGGCCUUUUGUGAGGGUUUCUUAUCGCUUUUAGCGUUGGAGCGGUACGAUUCAUGGUAAUAGUAUGUAUUUACAUACCAGUGUUUAGACAGAUAAUCAUCAUUGGUGGAAAAGUAGAGCAAUCAUUAAUCAAUCGAUCGAUCCGCACUAUGUUUACCAGUGAUUCGUAGCCUCUGUUAAUA